UUAAUUGGGUAUUCCUCCAAAAUAAUUAUGUUUCUUUCGUCAAUUCACCAAUUCACCAAUUUCAACACUUGUGUUUAUAAUAUCAUCCUUGCCCUAUCCAUUGUCGCUUUUCUUUUGCAUGCCAAUGUUAUUCAAUCGAUUAUUGGGAGAAUUAGAAGCUGGGUUCCAUUUAGUUGCUGCAAUUAUUUCUAGGAAAUUGAGUGGAUUCUGGGAAAUUUACAAGUUCAAACAUAGUGUUUUGGAAUUACCUAGCAAGAGGUGCAGUUUCUUAAGCCUGCUGGCAUCUCAAUGAUGAAACAAGAAUCAUCAGAGGUGUUGGAAAAACAUGCAGGCUCGGGCUCUCGUGUGAGGGGGGAUAGUGAAUAUGUUAGACUGGUCAUACCUGAUGAACCAAGGGCUGUUGAAUCUGAAAUCUUGCUGCCUCGACCAGAAUCAAGAUUAAAGUCUUUCUGGUGGUGGAUUAAAUCCUUUUUAUGGUGUGUUGUCAUUGUGAUACUUGCUUUUAUUCUUAUCAGAUGGGGAGUGCCACUGUUUUUUGAAAAGGUUAUUUACCCAUUUAUGGAAUGGGAAGCUACUGCCUUUGGCCGUCCAGUUCUUGCUAUGAUACUUGUUGCUUCUCUGGCUUUAUUCCCAGUAUUCUUAAUCCCUUCUGGCCCCUCCAUGUGGCUGACCGGGAUGAUUUUUGGUUAUGGCCUUGGCUUCGUUAUAAUAAUGGUUGGAACAACCAUUGGGAUGGUCCUGCCUUACUUAAUUGGGCUACCGUUCCGUGACCGCAUUCAUCGAUGGUUAAAGAGAUGGCCCCGGAAUGCUGCAAUGAUUAGGCUGGCAGGGGAGGGGAACUGGUUUCAUCAGUUUCAAGUCGUUGCACUGUUUAGGGUUUCUCCUUUUCCCUAUACUAUUUUCAAUUAUGCUGUGGUAGUCACAAAUAUGAGGUUUUGGCCCUACAUAUGUGGAUCAGUAGCUGGAAUGGUACCAGAAGCUUUCAUCUAUAUCUACAGUGGUCGGUUAUUAAAGACGUUGGCUGACGCACAGCACCGGAAGCACCACUUGACUACUGUGGAAAUCGUAUACAACAUUAUUUCUUUCAUUAUUGCAAUAAUUACCACUAUUGCUUUCACUGUUUAUGCAAAGAAAACGCUCAAUGAACUCAAAUUGACAGGGUUGAAUGAGGAAGUGACCUCUGUUUCUGAAAAGGGGUGUUUUGAGAUGGAGAAGCUUCCCCUUGAACGGCCUAAACAUCCUAGUUGGUCGAAAUUUUCGUGACUCGUUUAUUAACAAGUUGCUUUUGAAUUACAUUUAUAAAUCAUAAUAUUUUUCCCUUUUAUGUCUUUUUGAUUUUCAUAUGACAACCCCUUUUCUCCCAUAGUUCAUUUUGGGGUCGUAAUAUAAUAACAAUAUUUUGAGAACAGGUUAAAGGAGAAAAUAGAAAGAGGCCAACAAUGAUUUAUGUAAAGAGUUGAGAAGGACUGAUUGAAUUGUAUUAUGCAAUACGUCUGAGUUCCAAAUUGGAACCAUGUAUCUUGCAGAUGUAAAUUUGUGACCUCUCUUGAACUAUCCUUAUGUUGUUCUGUUCCGGUGCUGACUGACUGACACUGCAUUAUAGUCUCAAUCACCAUCUUAUGCUGUCAUACAAUGUGUUAGUCGUUUAUUUAAAUGCGUGUGAAACAGUGUAUCGAUGGUUUGGAACCUUGGUAUGAUACUCCUGUUUUGCCACUGCCAGUAGGGAGAUGGGAUAGCAUGGAAGCUCAAUUGUAGAUGUUGACGCCUCUUAUCAAGUGUUUAAUGGUAAUGCCAUAUUCAUCGGAUAAUGAUUUCCACAACUUCCGCAUGAAAAGGAAAUGAUGUCCCACAGUCCUAGACUAGAAAGAGGAUCAGUCCCUAGCAUAUGGCACCUGAUUCGAUGGAGUACAUGAAAGAACAUUCAGCGGCUUUAAAGUUGGAAUUUAAAAUCAGCACGGCAUUCAGUAAUGAAAUGCUACCAGUCGCCGCCUCCGGUUUUGAUACAAUGAUUUUUGUUUUAUUUGAAUUGGCAAGUGCAUGUGCAGGUCUAGAGGAAUUGGUCCCAACCUCAAGCACUCUCAUACACACUUGCUUCGUUGGAAACGAAGCAAUUGUUUAUACCAACCAAUAAAUUAUUUAAGAAUGAAGUGGCAUUUUGAGUAAGCACACGUAGAACAAACGAGCUUUUGCAAAAUUGAAAAAAAAAAGUCCUCAAACUAGUAAAGAAAAAAGAAAUUGGGUAAGGUAACUACUCUAAAACAUUAGUUCAACGUGUUCCUUACAUUAUGCUCGUUUUCAAGUUUAAAGAAUUCAAGAUCUGAUACAUACAUACAUACUAAGUAUAUCACAAAAAAAAAAACAAAAACAA